AUGUUUUCUAAUCGACUGUAUCAGACGCAAUUGAUCAAAAAUGAAAUUCAGAAGAAAAUAAGAGUUGAUAACGAACCAAGAGAGAAGACACUAUUUCAGACGCUGAAAGAAAGGGCUAGGAAAUAUUUAGUGAUGUUUCUGGAAACUUCUUCAAUACACGGAUUGAACCAUCUUGUUAUUACUGACAGGCAUCCGUGUGAAGUAUUUUUGUGGCUGAUUGUGGUGAUCAUGUCACUCUUCGGAACGGUGUACAUCUCUCGCAGUACUUGGCUUCGUUAUCAGUCAUCACCAACUGUAGUCUCCAUGGACCGCGAUAUGUUUGCUUGGAACACCACUUUCCCCAGUGUCACAAUCUGCCCUGAUGAUAGCAAGAUUAGUCCCGUGAAACUUAAAAAUUAUCUGGAGUAAGUAUCUAGCCACACAAACGCAGAUAAGGAAAGAUUUGAAGAAUUUAUCCACGCGCUCGCUAAUGCUAAUUUCACAAACUUCAAUACUAUUCCGCAAUACGAUGCGAUCAGUCCUGAUAAUUAUAUAGAACUGCUUCUGAAUUUGUCUUCUGACUUCAACCCUACUCUGAGCAUCGGUGCUUCGGGCAUUCAUCUUCAGAUUGUUCCAACUGUAACUGAGAUGGGUAUAUGCUAUGCUAUCAACUCUAAGGUUGCAGUUUACAAUUCACCCGAGUAUAGAGCAAAAAAUAGAUGGGAUAUUAUUGAUUCAAAUACUUCGACGUUUUUCGUUCAUCCGUUAGAUGGGGAAAUGUUCGCGCAGGUUUUGAAUAUAUCGACAUCUUAUAAAGCAUUUAUCCACGGUCCACUGGAGGUUCCGGAUCUUACGACGAAGCACCAGCAGUCUACUCCAAAUUUCUACAUGAAACUUUAUGUAACAGCGUUGACAGUUUACACGGCACCAGAAGCGGCUAAGUUGAGCGUGGCCCAGCGCCGCUGUCGCUUCCCUCACGAAAACGUCCUGAAGCACAAUUCCGUGUACUCGUACACGAUGUGCCGCAUGGAGUGUAGAUUGCGACUCAGUCUCAAGUUCUGCGGCUGUAUACCGUACUUUUACAGGAAAAUUGGCGAUGAGAAGAUAUGUGAUGUGGACGGUAUGUACUGUUUAGGAAACCACACAGAUGAGUUAUUCAAACUAAGGACCAAAACUGGAAAGAAGAUGAAAUGCGAUUGUUUGCCCUUAUGCGAUGAUGUCAACUACGUCCUACAGUCGAAUGAUUUACAAAAAUGGUUCCUGGGCACUUACUUCCAAUGGGGAAUAGUGACAUAUCCCAGAAUGAGAUACAGAAGAGACAUUAUUUUCGGAUUUACUGAUGUACUAGUGUCCGUCGGUGGGAUGGCAGGACUCUUUCUCGGCUGCAGUGUCCUGAGCUUCAUGGAAAUUGUCUAUUUUCUGACUUUACGUUUGUUAUGUUAUACCCGAAAUACUGUCUAAUCUAUCUAAAUAUUACAUAUAACAAAUA